CCCAGUUUUUAGGGCGUCUCACACUGCUAUUGAUAAUAGACUCGAUUCUUUCCUUGCUUGUUUCGCCCGCUUAUUCGUGAAACUUCAGUGAAUUGUGCGGUCGAUCGAAGGCGUUUGAAUCAUGUCUGUCGAUGUGAAACAUCCGCUUGAUGCGGCAAGCACCGAUCUGCUCGAAGUAAGCCGUCAUCGGCUCGAACCACUUUCGACAAAGAUGGAAGAGCGAGAUGCAGACGUUAUGAAGGCCUUUAUCCAAUCGAUGGGAACGAUGGGAGAGGUAUCAGCAGACUAUCGUGACUCCGAGGAAGAUCAAUGGAUGGAACAACAAAGCUCCGCACGGCUGUUCGAACGAUCGCGAAUCAAAGUUCUAGCAGACGAAAGAGAAAAGGUUCAGAAGAAGACAUUCACAAAAUGGGUAAACUCACAUCUUCAGCGAGUUGGUGCCAGGGUCAAUGAUCUUUAUCAUGACCUAAAGGAAGGAAGGAAAUUAAUUCUACUUCUCGAGAUCCUUUCUGGAGAAAAGUUGCCUAAACCAUCCAAGGGAAGAAUGCGUAUCCAUAUGCUUGAAAAUGUUGACAAGGCUUUAACAUUCUUGAAACAACAGCGGGUCCAUUUGGAAAAUAUUGGUGCACAUGACAUUGUCGAUGGAAACAACAAGAUUACCUUGGGUCUGAUAUGGACAAUUAUUCUCAGAUUUCAGAUUCAAGAUAUUACCAUUGAAGGUGAAACAAAGGAAAAGAGAUCAGCUAAAGAUGCUCUGUUGUUAUGGUGCCAGUCCAAGACAGUUGGGUAUCGCAAUGUCACUGUGUCCAACUUCACCACAAGCUGGCGAGAUGGAUUGGCUUUUAAUGCUCUUAUCCACAGACACAGGCCUGACCUCAUUGAAUAUGAAAAACUCACUAAGAGUGAACCAGAGAAAAAUUUGAACCUGGCUUUUGAAGUGGCAGAGACACAGCUUGAAAUACCACAGCUGUUAGAAGCAGAGGAUGUCAAUGUUGAUUUCCCUGAUGAGAAGUCAGUCAUUACUUAUGUAGCUGCUUACUAUCAUUAUUUUGCUAAGAUGAAGACAGUGGAAGUUAGUGGUAGCCGAAUCGGCAAGGUAAUUGAGCGCAUUAAGGAAAACCACGAAUUGAUCAUUGAAUAUGAGAAGCUGGCAACAGAUCUUCUUGAGUGGAUCCAGAUUACAAUUGUGAAGCUCUCUGGCAGGAACUUUGCCAACACUCUUGUUGGGGUGCAGCAACAGAUGUUAGAGUUUAAUCAGUACAGAACUCAGGAGAAACCUCCCAGGUUUGUUGAAAAAGGAAAUCUUGAAGUGCAGUUGUUUAUUCUUACGAGCAAACUGCGCGCUAAUCAUCAAAAGAUGUACACUCCUCCCGAGAACAAAGCACUCAGUGAUAUCAACAAGGCGUGGGAAGCGCUUGAAAGAGCUGAACACGAACGGGAACUUGCCCUGAGAGAAGAACUUAUGAGGCAAGAAAGACUAGAGAUGCUUGCUGCCAAGUUUGACAGAAAGGCCGCCAUGAGAGAGACUUGGUUGAAUGAGAACCAGCGGCUAGUGUCGCUAGACAACUUUGGAAAUGACAUAGCGGCUGUAGAAGCUGCUACAAAGAAACAUGAGGCCAUUGAAACUGAUAUCAUGGCAUAUGAAGAACGUAUUAAAGCCAUUGUUCAAGUGGCAGAUGAACUGCAUAGGGAAAACUACCACGAAUCUGAGAGAAUCCAAGAAAGGAAAGAUCUGAUUUUAAAGCUUUGGGAGCAAUUACUGGAAUUGCUGAGGCGUCGACGAUCUCGGUUGGAGAAGUCUAUGAAACUGCAACGCUGCUUCCAAGAGAUGAUUAACACAAUUGAUUGGAUGGAUGAAAUCAAGAUGGGUCUUUUGUCUGAAGACUAUGGCAAACACUUGCUUGGUGUGGAAGAUCUUUUACAAAAACACAGUCUGGUAGAAGCAGAUAUCGCAGCACAAGCCGACCGGGUGAAGUCUGUGAACGAACAAGCUGAAGUGUUCCUACACUUAGACAAUGAAGAGGAUGGUUUCAAACCAGACGAAAACCAGAUCAGAGAUCAUCAAGCUGAACUGGAAGGUGCAUACAAUGAGCUCUUACAGCUUGCAGCAGCAAGACGCGCCAGACUAGAUGAGUCUCACAAGCUGCAGACCUUUUACCGGGAUGCCGAAGAGGAAGAGAUGUGGGUAUCAGAAAAGGCUCAUUCCUUGCAGUCUACGGACUAUGGACAUGAUCUGAACAGUGCUAUGGUCCUGUUGAACAAACACGAGGCGGUUGAGCGUGAACUCGCCAAGCGUGACACUCACACACAGGCGGUGAUGAAGAGUGGCCAAGAUCUGCUGGAGUCUGGACACUACUCCUCAGACACGAUCCAGUCGCGAAUGAUCAGCAUUCAGAACAAGUGGACAAACUUACAGGACGUGGCUGGCUAUCGUAAGAAGAAGAUCGAAGAAAAUCAGAAGUUGCAGCAGUUUAUCGCUGAGUAUAAUGACAUCAUGUCGUGGCUGGAUAUGAUGGAGAGGAUUGUCGCCAACGAUGACCUCGGAUAUGAUGAAGCAAGCAGCGACACAUUGUUGAAGAAACAUAAGAUCAUCGAGGAAGACAUCGAGAAUUAUGCUUCAGUGAUCAAAGGCCUUCAUGAUGAAGUUGAUGAACUUGGUGACGAGGACAAGACUUCCCCUGAAGUUGUCGACAGAUGCAGGAAUGUGGACACUCGAUACGAAAACUUACGGCUGCAAGCUGCUAACCGCAGACACAAACUCUUGGAUGCUCUUUCUCUUCAUCAGCUCAACAGGGAUGCUUACAUCGUGGAUAGCUGGAUUAACGAGAAGGAGGACAGGCUUGAAGCAGCUCUAACUGUUGAGAAGAGUAUGGAUCUGGAAGAAUGCCAGAUCAUUGAACAACGCUUUGAGGGAUUCCAGCAGGAGUUGAAUGCAAACGAGAAGCGUGUUGGAGUUGUGAACGAUCUUGGAGGCCAACUGAUUGAGAAAGGACACAUUAACUCUGAUGAAAUCAAAGACACUAUUGACGGCCUCAACACAAAGUGGGCAAAUCUUCGAAAUGCUGCCGACAUCAAGAAGGCCAAACUAGACAAAGCCCUCAAACUCCAGCAAUACCAUGCUGAUGUCCACGAAACCAAGUUGUGGAUUACCGAGAAAUCCAGUCUCCUGCUGAGUGUGGAGGAAGUCACCAACAUGAAGGACCUUGCUACAGUCAUGAUCCUGCAGCGACGUCUCAACAGCAUCCAGCGAGAUCUGGGGCCUUUAGAAGACAAGGUCACAAAGUUGGAAAAUGACUCUGAAGUUCUUUGCUCUGAAUACCAAGGGGAACCUGAAGAACCAAUCAUAAGGGAUAAAAUUACUGUCGUCAGCAGUGCCUGGGUCGAUCUUAAGGACAACGUGAAGCAGCGAGAUGAUGCUUUGGCAGAAUCAGGAGAAUUGCAGCGCUUCGUUAUCGAUCUUGACAACUUCCAAAUUUGGUUGAACAACACUCAGAAUGAAGUUGCCUCUGAAGAAAUGCCUGUAUCGCUUAUCGACGCAGAGAAGAUGUUGAAAGAACUUGAAGACUUAAAGGACGAGAUUGACAGCCGAGAACCUGACUUCAAGCAGUUGAUGCUGAGUGGUCCAAAGUGGAUCCAGGACGAGUCAGAUCUCCAGCAGCAAUCGUUGAAAGAACAGCUAGACAACUUGGAGACUGGAUGGAAUGAUGUGCACAUCCUGUGGGAUAACAGGAAGAAAAUGCUCAUUCAGGCUUUGAACCAUCAGCUGUUUAUUCGAGACUCCAAACAGUGUGAAGCUAUUCUCGGCCAGCAAGAGUUGUUCCUGUCCAAGGAGGAAAGCGGAGCUACUGUGGAAGCCGUGAAGGAACUGAUUAAGAAGCAUGAGGAAUUCGACAAGCGAAUGCAAACAAAUGAUGACAAGAUCAACCAAAUGAUGCAGUUUGCUGAGCGUCUCAAUGAUGAAAAUCACUAUGCAUCUGACAAGAUCACUGAGAAAGCCCGAAGCAUAGAUGAAAGGAGGAACGCAAAUCACGAAAAGAUGGCGGCAACAUUGAAGAGGUUAAGAGAUGCUUUGGAGCUUCAACAAUUCAUCCAAGACGCCGAGGAUAUGUAUGACUGGCUGAAUGAGCGGUUGUUGAUCGCUUCGGAAGAGACGUACAGAGACUUAAGUAACAUCCAGGGUAAAGUCAUGAAACACAGGACCUUUGAGGCUGAAAUCCAAGCCAACAAAGAGCGCCUCGACAACAUCUGUGAGUCUGGAAACAACAUCGCGGAAGAAAAACCACAAAACAGACCAGAAAUUGAAGACCGUCUUGAAAAACUGAACGUCAAAUGGCAAGAACUGUCAGAUGCGUCCAAACAGAAGGGAACCAAGUUAGGAGAUGCACAGAAACAAGAAGAAUUCAACACCGGCGUUCAAAACAUUCAACAGUGGUUCACGGAGAUCGAACAAACUGUUGUCACCCAUGAGAAGGCGACUGAUUUGACGACAGCCACAAGGCUCUACCAGAAACACAAGAUGAUGGAGAAAGAAAUAUUGGCAAGGCGACAGCGUAUGCAAGAACUGAACAGCCAAGCUCAAGAUCUUGUCGAUGCAGGCCACUUUGAUCCUAAUGCAGUUGAAGAAACUCGCAUUGUUAUGGAAGAAAGGGUUGACGCUAUGGCUGCUCCAUUAUCCGAAAAAGGUGUAGAACUUGAACGUACCCUCGGCUAUUUCCAGUUCAACAGAGAUGUCGACGAUGAUGAGGCUUGGAUUAAAGAAAAGGAGCCUUUGCUUCAAUCUACCAACUACGGCAACAACCUGUUUGAAGUGCAGACAUUGCAAAAGAAACAUAAGACCUUGUGUGCCGAGAUUGCUAUUCAUGAAGCUCACAAAGACGCCAUUUGCAAACGAGGACAAGAACUCGUGGACUCCGAACAUCCCGAAGCUGAGCAAGUGGCCGUUAGGACCCAGGACCUGCAAGAGAAAUACGACAAUCUUAAAAAAUUGUCAGAUGCGUACAAAGGUCAACUGGACUUGUCACUUCAAGCUAAACAGUACUACUACGAUGCAGCAGAAGCUGAAUCGUGGAUGAGCGAACAAGAAUUGAACAUGAUGGGUGAUGAGCGUGGAAAAGAUGAAGCGAGCGCCAAUGCUAUGCUCAAGAAACACGAGACUUUGGAGGCCGCCAUCGCUGACUAUUCCGAGACCGUCAACGAACUUGGCGACACAGCUAAUGCUCUUGUGGAGAGCGAGCAUCCCGAGAGUGAGCCAGUCAAGAAACGUCAAGCUCAGAUCGAAAAAUUGUACGAGGGACUGAAGGACUUGGCAGAAGAACGCCGAGGCAAACUGGACGAGACUCUUAAACUGUAUCAGUUGCAGGGAGAAAUCGAUGAUCUGGAACACUGGAUCGCGCAGAAGGAAGUGGUGGCCGGAUCACAGGACAUUGGACAGGAUCUUGCUCAAGUAGAGUUGCUUAUCGAGAAAUUCCGCGAGUUCGCGCGUGAUACUACUAACACUGGCACUGAGCGCGUGGCUGCCACGAAUGCUGUAUGCGAUCAGCUGAUUGGAACAGGCCACUCUGACGCUGCCACGAUAGCGGAGUGGAAAGACCAGAUCAACGAGUCAUGGGCUGUUCUCUUGGAACUUAUUGAAACAAGAACUAAGAUGUUAGAAGCUGCCCGCGAACUGCACAAGUUCUUUUACGAGGCCAAAGAAGUAUUGGCCAUGAUUCAUGAGAAAGAAAACCUUCUCACAGACGACCUUGGCCGAGACCUGAACAGCUUACAUCAACUGCAAGUUGUGCACCAAGGAUUCGAAGCAGAUUUGGCGCCACUCGGCAAUCAGGUCGUCGCGGUCCAGGAGGAAGCUAGUCGUCUCCAGGGCUCUUAUGCCGGCGACAAAGCUAAAGAAAUCCAAGCCAAAGAGGAUGAAGUUGUAGACGCGUGGAAGCGUCUCAACUGGAGAGUAAAACAACGAACCGAGCGCCUCCAUGAUGCUGAUGACUUGUACCGAUUUCUAUUGGCUGUUCAAGACCAGAUGCUGUGGAUGAAUGACAUGCUGAAACAAAUUUUAACCUAUGAGAAAGCGAAGGAUGUACCUGGAGUCGAGGUGUUGAUGGAGCAACAUCAAACCAGAAAAGUUGAAAUUGAUGCGCGCGAAGACAGUUUCCAAGAUGUGGUGAAGAUGGGAAAAGUCUUGAUCGACCGAAACCACUACGCCACUCCUGAGAUCAACGAGAAGCUAGACAUGUUGAACAGACACAAAGAUGAAUUGUCACUUGAGUGGGACAAGAGAUGGGAACAUCUGCAAUUAGUCCUCGAAGUCAUGCAGUUUGCACGUGAUGCUCACAUGGCGGAGGGAUGGAUGAUCGCUCAGGAAGCCUAUCUGAAAAACGAGAACCUUGGGAGCGAUCUCAACGAAGUCGAACAGCUGCUGGAGAAACACAGCAACUUCGAGAAACUCGUCAAUACUCAAGAAGAAAGAUUCCAGGCGCUUGAGCGCCUAACGACGUACGAGCUUCGUGAAGGAAAGCGCCGCAAAAUGGAACAAGAACGCCGUGAACGAGAAGAAAGAGAAAGAAAAGAGAGAGAGGAACGAGAAAGGCAGGAACAACUGGAACGAAUCCGAAGACAGGAGGAAGAAGAGCUCCGACGGCGAGAGGAGGAAGAAGCUCGUAGAAGAAGCGAGCAAAGGGAAGCUGAACAAAGAGCAAAGGAUGAAGCUGUUGUUGUCGCUGAAGCUGAAGGGGUCGAAGGCGCACCAGAUGAAAGAGACACAGAUGAAAGCGUUACAGAAGGUAAAAUGGAAGGUUAUCUGUAUCGUAAACCAACAAUGGAUGCACCCAACAGAAGGGCACCAAUCAGGCAAUGGAAGCAGUUCUAUGUUGUCCUACAUGAUAUGUCUCUUCAUUUCUACAAAGAUCAGAAAACGGCACGAGUGGAACACGAGGCGGCUCAUUCGCUGCCGUCAGCGGAGGGUUUCGUGGAAAAAGCCACUGAUUACACUAAGAGAAAGAACGUGUUCAGAUUCAGAACCAGCGCUGGUCAAGAGUUCCUUUUCCAAGCUAAAGAUGAGGAGGACAUGAAACUGUGGAUUAAACACAUUCAGGAGAGUAUCCACGAAGAGGCUGCCGGGAAAGACGCAUCACCCGGCAAGAAAACUGACAAGGGUAAAGGAGGAAGCGGUAUUUUUGGCAAACGAAGGAGCAAAAACUUGGAGAAAGAGGAAAAGAAAUAGAAGAGGAUGAAACAGAAAAUUUACGAAUAUCUGUGAAACAGUUAAUCGCUUUGUUUAGAGAUUUCAUUUUGUAAUGGAGCAUUUUCAAACGAAUUAUUCAUUGGCUCCCUGGUAAGGAAUGUUGUUUAAACCGCAUAGACUUGUUUGUAAAGUUUACUGUGUGUAAGUGUUUUCUUGCUCAGCAAAAACGAAUUCAAGAGUGAACUGAGACGGUUUUGGUUUUCAAAAGAAUUUUGCGCCUCUUAGUUAGAACAAUGAAGAAAUAAGAUUUAUGUGCGAAUUUCGGUGGGCAGCGUUAGAUGUAAAGAUGGGCAUUCAGACCUUUGCGUGACAAGGGAGGUGAUUAAAAUCACUCGAGUGAACACAAGAAUUGUGAAAUCACUAGAAUGGAAAGGUUUUAUUUUGUUGUAAGUUUGGAAACCAACAUUCAUUAGUUCAACAUACAUAUCUGUAGGUGCUUUAUUUUGGAAAAAUUCCUUUGAAAGACAGAGGGAAAUUUUAAGACGUAUAUAGUUUUUCUUUCAUGUUGUUCUUUAUUUUUUCUGAAUUAUGAUUAACUUUCAUUUUGUUAAGUCAUCGAACAAGAGUUUAAGGAGUGGGUUUAGUUGAGAAACUUCGACCUUUUUUGCUUAAUUUCUUUCACUGUUAUUUUCUUGCGAGAAACUUUGCGCUAAAACGUGGAAUGUAGACGAUAAAGCUAAAUUGGUUCACAGCAAGGAAUUAUCAACGAAAUUAUAAUCGCGAUAACAUGACAGGUAAUUAGAUAAUAUAGUGUGAACAUUUCUUAACAUUUUCUUCUCUUAAUUCACCUUGAAUUAUGUAGUACAAUAAUGCGAACAGCGCUCAGCUGGUCAAUAAAGUUAAAUAAUGCUAAA